CAUUACACAAAUCUCCGAAAACACUUACUAGCUAGCUAGUCAACACUCUUAAGUAAACUCGAGUCUUUUUCUCCUCAUAAAUAGCAACUAUGGCCUGCUCUAGCUUUGUCAAGAUCGCCUGCGUUGUUGUCAUUGCCAUGGUGGUGGUGGCUGCGCCUGCCGCCGAGGCAUUGACCUGCGGGUUAGUGACGAAAAACCUCACGCCGUGCGUUAAGUACAUCAAGACCGGCGCGGGGAAAGUCCCCACAGCGUGCUGCUCUGGGAUUAGGAAUGUGAACAGCUUGGCAAAGACCAAAACAGACCGCCGUGCCGUUUGCAAGUGCCUGAAGGAUAGAGCUAGCGCCAUCAAGAGUCUCAAGAGCAACGUCGUCGCCGGACUUCCCAGAAAGUGCGGAGUAAACAUUCCUUACAAGAUCAGCCUCUCCAUCAACUGCGACACUGUGAAUUGAAGUUGAAGGACAAAAAGUAGCCAUGUGCAGCCAUCGGAUAUGCGUAGAAUGAGCAAAAAGUGUGUGGGUGUUCAUGUGACCCUAAACAUAUAAUUAUCUCCUCUUUAGGGAGUCGUAAGUUUUAUGGUUUUAUAGUUAAUUUCGUCUACAACAGAAUAAAGGAUAUCUAUCGGGUUCUCAAGAUAUCCACAACGAUCUGUAUUAAGCUACUCCAAAGGGUGUGCAAUAUUAAUCGAUUUUGUUUGUUUUUGUUUUUG